AUGACUUUUGUGUUUGUGCACAACCCGCACAGUCGAUCGCUAAACGCCGAUGGUCGAUGGGUGAUGAGCGCAUCUGCCAAUGAUAUCAAUUUCUUGAAUAUUAAUCAAACCGUCAAUACCCUAACCACUGGAAAAUUGAAACCAUUGAACCAAAUAAGUAAUAAUAACGCAAAUAAUAAGCCCACCGGUGCUAACAAUGAUGUGCUGGUGAUCGGGACGCCCACCUCUAUUAUGGUCUACGAUGUCCUCAACAAUACCGACCUUUUCUACAAAGAGGUACCCGAUGGCGUCAAUGCUGUGGUUAUAGGCGAAAUCGGGGCAAUCAAUAAGCCGUUGGCUAUUGUCGGUGGCAAUUGUGCUCUACAGGGCUUUGAUUACGAGGGCAACGAUAGCUACUGGACGGUCACCGGGGAUAACAUCACAUGCAUUGCGUUGGCAGACAUCGAUGAAGAUGGACAAAAUGAGGCAAUGGCCAUACCUUAUCCGUAUGAGUGGCCGCAACAAUACAUGGAUUAA